CUAUCUAGAUGAGAGUGGUUACAAAAAACACCCAAACAGACACAUCAUACAUGAAACAUACAUUUUUAUAAUAAUUUUAGAAAUUACGUUAUACAUGUAUAAAUAGUCAUGUCUGAAUUAAAAAGAUUCAAUUGUGUCAAACGAAACAUGCAAAAAAGUUCAACGCACAUUUGACAAACAGCUGACUGACUACGAAUGACAGCGGCAUUUUAGGUUUUUCAGAAUUAAACGAUGGCGUUCUGGAGUGGGAUUACUAAAAUUCUAAGUAUAAGAUGUGCUGCUCAGCUAGGACUAGUGCGACGAGCACUGACCACACAAAUAAAAACAGUGGAGGAGAUGAAACCCGGCAAGACUCAUUUCGGAUUUCAAGAAGUGGAAGAGGAGGAAAAGACCAAAAAAGUCCAUGAAGUAUUUGAGACUGUAGCUGAGAAGUACGACCUGAUGAAUGACGUCAUGUCCAUGGGGAUACACCGCGUCUGGAAGGACAUCUUUAUGCAGAGGCUGGCUCCCACUCCUGAGACCAAACUCCUGGACAUGGCUGGUGGAACUGGUGAUAUAACAUUCAGAUAUAUAAAGUACCUGCAGAACCUGCCGGCCUCACAGGGCGCGCAGGGCGCCCGUAGCAGCGUGACCGUCUGCGACAUCAACCAAGCUAUGUUGGAUGUUGGGAAGCAGAGGGCUCUCAAGCUAGGCUUUACUCCUGAGUUGUGUGGUGUGGACAUAUCCUGGGUUUGCGGCGACGCAGAGAAGCUCAACUUGCCCGACGACAGCUUUGACGCGUACACCAUCGCGUUCGGCAUCCGGAACUGCACUCAUAUUGAUAAGGUCCUUGAGGAGGCGUAUAGAGUGCUGACACCUGGUGGCCGUUUCUUAUGCUUAGAAUUUAGUCAGUUACCCAACAGCACAUUACAAUGGGUUUAUGACCAGUAUUCGUUCCAAGUUAUCCCUGUUUUGGGCCAGCUAUUUGUGGGACAAUGGAAGCCGUAUCAGUACCUCGUCGAAAGUAUCCGACAGUUUCCUAAUCAGGAGAAGUUCAAGUCGAUGAUUGAAGACGCUGGCUUCAGGCAGGUGACAUUCGAGAACCUUACUUUCGGAACGUGCGCUAUACACUCAGGGUUUAAAUUAUAGUGUAUGUCUGUGCGUCAACUGAACAGAGAUUCGUGCGGUAUUGUUGUUGUUAAGAUCUAAUUGUUAAUAUUUUAUAUAAGUAUAGUCAUAGCA